AUGGCUGCUGAUAGCUCUCUCGUGGGGAAGCUGGAUGCCUUAGUGGCCGAUGUCCUCGCGGACUGGAACAUCUACACUACCGUUGUAGCUGGCAUUGUUCUUGCUUUCGCGGUUUACUCCGUCAUCUCAUCUCAGGAUCCAGAUGUGCAUCCGUUCCUACUUGCUCGCCAGUCGACAGCAGCUCCGAUCCGCCAACAGAACCAAUCCCCUACGUAUAGAUGCUUGGAGACCCCUCACGGCUUGCCUCUGCGCUUUGGGUUAAAUGUCAAGGACCCGGGCGCCCCGAAAUGGACCGGUGGUCGGAGAGGAGAUCUGCGUGACAUCUGGAAAAUCGCCGUACGUGGAGCUCUGAAUGCAGACGGUACUUUGGCCGGCAAGCAGGGCAAAAUAUACACUGUUCUAGGUCGUAAGGCCGUUGAGCACUCGUUGGACCAAGUGACACAAGAAAUCAACGUUAUCGGACGUCAUAUCCAGAAUGCCAAUGCGAAGACUGUGGCUGUUUGCCUUACAGACUCCGUUGAGCUGUUGGCUACAAUCUUUGCCGGCGCCUUCUAUGGAUACAAGACAGUCAUUAUCCCGCACAACCUUCCAGCCGAGAAACUUGCAGCACAUCUACAACACGCAGGGGCGGAUGUCCUCAUCGCUGAAGCUGGCUCCGUGGACCUUCCUUUUGUUACUAAAGAUAUCAACCAGCUGUCGCUUGUUCUGUGGGUCGCUAAGUAUGGCAACCGACACAUGGAUUGGAACGAGGUUCCCGGAGACGUCAAAAGUAGCCUGAAGGUUGCAGUCUGGCAUGAACUGGUCGAGGAGCACCAGAACCUCGCUAGCUAUGAUGUUCCGGAGUACGAUCCGAAAACGCCGACCCCUUCUGUCACCACUGUUUGGCCGUCUGCCUCUGGAGAGAGCCAGUUCAUCGAGUUCCAGCCUGAGAAUAUUGUGUCUGCUGUCGGAGCCUUGGCCUCGACUCUUCCUCGUGCUCAGCGUUUCACCCCCGACGAUGUUGUUCUUUCUAUCGACUCCCUUUCCCGCUCCUACCCACUUUGCACUACCAUGGCGGCACUGUUUGCCAACUCUUCCAUUGCACUCAACUCGGUCGCCGGAGAGGGCGUCGACUUUGCCUUGGCUACAGUCGGCGUCUCUCCCACAGUCAUUGUAGCUUCAUCGCAGUCUAUGGCCGAGUACCACGAUAGAGUCAUGCGCCCCCACACCGGCAUCGUCUCCUCCCUUGGACGCUGGCUGCAAGCCAGAACCCUGGAUGCCGGGAAUAUGCCGACUCGCAACUUCUUCAGCCAGCUGGCCCGUGUCAGUCCCACUUCCGAGCUCUCGCUCGAUAAAUUGCGAUUACUCUGCAUCUCCCACCGUAUCGAUGGCAACACUGCCGCUCAUCUGACCUCCGAGCAACUGACCGAGCUUAGAAUUUUCACUGGGGCUCGAGUUGUGUAUGCCUUGACUGGGCCCGUUGUUGCUGGUGCAAUUGCCCAGACAAAUGCAUACGACUACAGAUGCCUCACUGGUCCUAGCCAUUUCGGUGCCCCAGUGAGUAGCACUGAAAUCACCUUGACCGACGUGCCGGAAGGGUCUCCGGACGACGCGCAAGAGGGGAAGCUCACCGUCUCUGGCCCCGCCGUUGCCGGCGAUACCGUUACUCUUCCAACCCGCGCUCGCAUCAGCACGGACAAUACCCUGGAAUUGUCUUUAUGA